AUGGAUUCGAUAUGCAGUGAUGCUCGAUGUCUUCAGAAGCUCAUAUGCUGUCCUUCUCUUAGUAGACUUCCACAAAGGGUGUCAUCUCUUGUUAGUCUUGCCCACCUUAGCAUUGGUGUCACUAAAAUUAAACAGGAAGAGCUCUGCAUACUCGGAGGCAUGCCCUCACUGCUUUACGUCAGUCUGAUUUCAAGUGAAGCCCCCGGUGACAGGCUCACCAUCGGCAGGCAACUAUUCUGUUGCCUGAAGGAGUUUGUUUUCCGGACCAAAGGGAUUGGCGGGCUGAGGAUGGUUUGUGAAAGGGAAGCAAUGCCAAUGCUCAAAAGUUUUAACCUUGAGUUUAACGCGGAAGAAUCAGAGUCUGAUAUGGGUUUUGAGUUCUCCUUUGAGCACCUUGCAAGCCUGGAGCAACUCAGUAUUGACAUUUAUUGUUAUGGUGCUACUAGAAGUAGGGUAGAGGCUGCAGAGGCUGCCAUCAAGAACACAGCCAACAUCCAUCCUGGACGUCCCACACUCCAAAUCAAGAGAUGGUCCGAAGACCUAAUGGUCGAGGACAAGGAUGAGAAGGAAACAUGGCUGAAAGAUUAUACAGCAAGAGUGUAA